UUUCCAUGAAAUUGACACUUCUUUGGAAGAUUGUGAGAGAGCUUGCCGUCUAGUGUGGGAUGGGAAAGAGAAGUAAGAGAUGAUGACUAAUGAGCGAGGCUGAGCCCCUACCCCAUGGACGAAGAAGAGUCAGAAGUCUUCGCAAGUUGGAGGGGCGGGUGGACGAGGAAGCAGCUGUGUGGGAAACUCGAAACUCCUCCUGCCCCACUGGAUUGGGACGAAGUCUUCGAGGUCAAUUCACUGCCGUGCUUGAGCUGCAAAUUCCUUCAUUAUUUCAAACAUGCAUAUUUAGCGAUUCUUGUAUUGUAAUUCCCAUCCUCUUUUGCCCAAUUAAAUUGCUGUGAAAAGUGGGCAUUUAGCGAUUCAGAUCGAUGGCGGCUGUUUCUUUCUUUCCGUUUGUGGCCUUUUAUUUCCUGUCUCAUCCCGCCGUUUCUGCUGAUGAUAAGAGCAACAAUGAUAUCAAGAUUACCUGUCCCACGUCGUUUCGCUGCGGAAAUUCCGGACCACCGUUUUAUUUUCCAUUCUCCAAUAUCUCCAAUCCCCAGUGCGGACUGUGCACUGUGUUUUGCUCUGAACAUGGUGAAUCAUUUAUCAAUUUUGGAAGCGAAGAAGAAUUUCAGAUAACUGAAAUCUCAUCCACGGCCAGCAGCGGUAAAGGCAGUGUUAAAGUCGUCGGUGGCCCAGAGUUCACAGAUCGUUUACAUCCCGGCGAUUGCAGUGGCUUAAGGAAUUUCAGCUUACCCAAUCCUCUUUCUAUUUCCUUCACUAUCCCUCACAAUCUCACGCUCUUCAAGUGCAUGAAAAGCUCUCUACCUAUCCCUCCCGCACGUGAUGAGUAUUUCAACUACACAGGCUGUCAUGAUUUCGAUUUGUACUACAAGAAGCAUCCACUAGAUGAUCAUCACAACGUUUCUGCUUCUGCCGAUUCUUUUCAUGGCUGCGACACCAUUCUUUUGCCUUUGACUUCGACGCCAUAUAAAACUAAAACUGAACCUGGUGAGGACGACGACGAUCUAUUAAAACUAUUGAAUGGUACCUUUUAUAUCGAAUUGCAAGCGUCCGAGGAGUGUCUCAAAUGUCACGUGAGAGGAGGCCAAUGCCUGACCAUCAACCAAAGAUUUCACUGCACAGCAAGAAAAAACGGGCCAAACCUCAAACUGAUCCUUCCCUUAGAAGACAUCAAUAGCAAUAGCAACAGCAACAGCAACAUCAAGAUCAGCUGCCCCAACUCCUUUGGCUGUGGAAAAUUCGAACCUCUGUAUUUUCCGUUGACUAAUCAGAUUUAUUCCCAGUGCGGCCUCUCCAUAGUGUUCUGCAAUGAAGACGAUCAGCUUCCUCAAGCACAUAUCUAUGAUCCAAGUGAACGGUUUUCUCUCAAUAACGUAACCGAAAUCUCAUCCUGUACCAACGGUAGCAGCAGGAUUAAAGUCAAUAACACAAUCUUCAAAGCUGAUUUAGAUGCCAGAAAUUGCAGAGCCUUGAGGAAUUUGAGUUUACCCAACUCUGCUUCUCUUUCAUUCUCCAUCCCUCACAAUCUCACCCUCUUCCAAUGCAACAGAAGCUCCUUUGCAUCUAGCUCUCCCACGGAUAAUCUCUAUUUGAACUACACAGGCUGCGAUGAUCAUAGCUAUAUUUACUACUACAAGUAUCCACCACAUCGUGAUAACGUUUCUUAUUCUCAAGCUCAACUUUUUAAUGUCUGCUCCCUGAUUCAGCUGCCUUUAAGUUCAGAAGAAUUUGAACCUGGCGAUGUCGGCGACCUAUUCGAACUACUGACUGCUAGCUAUUUCGUCGAAUUGCAAGCGUCCGAGGAUUGCCUAAAAUGUCACCGCAGAGGAGGCCAAUGUCAGGAGAUCGGCCAAAAAUUUCGCUGCACGGCCAAAACAGGAGGGGUAAACGUCAAACUGAUCAUCAUCCUCAUAGGUAUUGGAACUACUGCAUUAGUGGCCAUGAUAUUCUUGUUCUAUUAUACCAUAUGGAAACAGUUGUCAAAAAAAAUUCUUUGUUUUGCAAAUCUUGGGAAAAUAGAUGAUCAAAAUGUUGAGACUUUUCUAAGGAGCUUUGGUUCUCUUGUCCCUAAAAGAUAUAGCUACUUGGAGAUUAAGAAAAUUACCAACUCUUUCAAAAAUAAACUCGGUGAAGGAGGCUUUGGUAGUGUUUAUAAAGGAAAGUUACAUGAUGGGCACCUAGUGGCAGUGAAACUUCUGAAGGAAUCAAAAGGUGAUGGAGAACAAUUUAUUAAUGAGGUUGCGAGUAUAAGUCGAACAUCUCAUGUUAAUAUUGUAAGUUUAUUGGGUUUUUGUUAUGAGAGUAGAAAACGGGCUCUUAUUUACGAGUUCAUGAUUAAUGGAUCUCUCGACAAAUUUAUAUAUGAUAGAAAGACGCCAAAAGAUCAUGAAUUGGGAUUGGAAGAAUUAUAUAAGAUUGUUGUUGGUAUUGCUAAAGGGUUAGAGUACCUCCAUUUGGGUUGUAAGACAAGGAUUUUGCACUUUGAUAUAAAGCCUCAUAACAUUCUACUAGAUGAAAAUUUUUGUCCCAAAAUAGCCGAUUUUGGACUUGCUAAACAAUGUUUUCAUAGGGAAAGUAUUGUAUCAUUGUUCGGAACAAGAGGGACGAUUGGAUAUAUUGCGCCUGAGCUAUUUUCAAGAAACUACGGAGGGGUCUCUUAUAAAGCAGAUGUUUAUAGCUAUGGGAUGAUGAUUUUGGACAUGGUUGUGGGGAGAAAAGAUUCUAAUGAUUCAACCUUUGAUUGUAGCAGUGAGAUGUAUUUUCCAGAUUGGAUAUACAGACGCCUUGAAGAGGAACAAGAAAUUGGGCUUCAUUGUAUUACAAGCAAAGAAGAAAAUGAAAAAGCAAGAAAGAUGAUAAUAGUUAGCUUGUGGUGCAUACAAACCGAUCCCUUAAGCCGUCCAUCAAUGACUAAAGUGUUGGAAAUGAUGGAAGGAAGCCUACAUUCAUUACAUAUCCCACCCAAACCUUUCUUGUCUUCUAUUAAUGGACCACUAACACAUUGUCCAACGACGGAUGGCAUCACAUUAUGUUCAUCCGAUGUGAGUUAGGAUGUAAAAUUCCUUAAAAAGCAUGGUACAAAAAUGUUCACCCAUGUAAGUUGUAAACUUUUUAUUGAUUAUUGGGUUAGCAACAAUAUAAUAAUGAUUUAUAAGUUGGGAAAAUAAUGUAAAUUGUAUGUUGUUUAGCCUAAGUUUAUGAUGUAUCAUCUAUGGAAAAAAAAAAAAGGAAAAAGAACUUA